AUGUCAGACAACGGCAAAACAUUCGUUGGCGCCCAAAGAUCCAUUUAUAGAGAACUCUCCAGCUUUCUCAAGGACAUCGUUCCAGAAAUUGCUGAACAUUAUACCGUACAUGGUCUCUCAUGGCAAUUCAUACCCCCAUAUUCUCCUAAUAUGGGAGGUCUCUGGGAAGCGGCUGUAAAAAGCUUUAAGGCGCACUUCAACAAAGUGGCAGGCAAUCAAAAGUUUACCUUUGAAGAGCUCACCACUCUCCUCAUACGCAUCGAAGCGGUCGCUAAUUCCAGACCACUCUCUCCCAUGUAUCAGGACCCAAAUGGUUUGUUAGCCGUAACUCCAGUUCGUUUUCUACGUGGAGCCCCAUUACCUUACCUACCAGAACCUAACGCUGAAAACCUCAACCUGGUGAAUAAGUGGCAAAAAUUGAAGGUGCUCCACCACCAGUUUAGUAUACGCUUGAAAAACGAAUACCUAAAGGAGUUGCACAAGAGAAACAAAUGGAAAGCACUCGAAACAAACAUCACUGAAGGAAAUUAG